AUGUUGAGCAAUACGAACUACACCGUCUGGGCUAUGCGGAUGGAGGCUACGCUUCGGGUACACAAAGUCUGGGAAACCAUCAAUCCCGGUUCUGCUGAUGAAGGAAAGAAUGAUCUAACUCGAGCCCUUCUGUUCCAAUCCAUACCCGAGGCGCUGAUACUCCAAGUUGGUAAACAGGAGACUGCAAAAGCUGUGUGGGAUGCAAUCAAAGCAAGAAACCUUGGUGCUGAGCGAGUAAGAGAAACAAGGUUACAAACCCUCAUGGCUGAGUUUGAUAGGCUGAAUAUGAAAGAAAGUGACACAAUCGACGACUUUGUUGGGAGGAUCUCUGAAAUUUCAACAAAAUCAGCAUUGUUGGGUGAAGAAAUUGAAGAAUCAAAGAUAGUGAAGAAGUUUCUCAAGAGCUUACCUCGCAAGAAAUACAUCCAUAUCAUCGCAUCUCUUGAGCAAAUUCUAGACCUUAAGACAGCAAGCUUUAAAGACAUAGUAGGAAGAAUAAAAACCUAUGAAGAAAGAGUUUACGAUGAAGAAGACUCACAUGAAGAUCAGAGCAAGCUCAUGUGUGACAAGCAAGGGCACUAUGCAUCUGAAUGUCCAGAUCGGCUACUUAAGUUGAUUAAGCUUCAAGAAACACAAUACAAUGCAGGAGAAGACACUCAAGAAGCCGAAUCUCUCAUGAUGCAUGAGAUAGUGUACCUUAACGAGAAGAAUGUGAAGCCGACUGAGCUGGAAAACUGUUCAGACAAAGACUGGUAUUUGGACAAUGGUGCUAGUAACCAUAUGACAGGAAAUCGAGCUUGGUUUUACAAGCUUAAUGAGUCAAUCAGAGGAAAGGUUAAAUUUGGCGAUGAUUCUCAAGUUGACAUCAAAGGAAAGGGUUCUAUCUCGUUCAUAACCAAAGGAGGAGAAAAGAAAUUACUAGCAGAUGUCUAUUACAUACCAGAUCUAAGAAGCAAUAUCAUAAGCUUAGGACAAGCUACUGAGUCAGGGUGUGAUGUUAGGAUGAGAGAAGAUCAUCUAACUCUUCAUGAUCUCGAAGGAAAUUUACUAGUAAAGGCAAAACGAUCAACAAACAGGUUGUACUAG